UCACUUAUAUUCCUCUUGUGUAUGUUCUCAAAAUGGUUUUCAUAAUGAAAAUAUUAUUAUUUUUUAUUUUCGUAAAUUUAAUACUUUGCGAAACGUGUGAUCCAAGUCAUGGAAGUGAAGGAGUCUAUGACUGUGUUCGUAUACCUAAAUAUGAUGGUUAUCAAUGGGCCGUCUGUCUGUCGACCGAAUCCUUAAAGAAACACACGGCUGGACAUAUGGGCUGUCAGGGGUCUUCAUUUUGUUGGUUACCGUGUACUCAGAGUGUAUACCCCGAAAUCAGGGAAGGACAUAUAGCAAAGGAGUGUGUGUGUGAUCCGGCUGAAAACGAAAGAAGAAAGAGAUCCCUGGCACUAGAAGGGCGUGAGGCACGAGUUUCAGUACCUCCUGCUUGCUACAUACCAGCCCUUGACAAUAAUUGUCAGUGGUAUUCCAAUUGUUUGGAGGCUCACUCUUCUUGUGAACGAAGUGAUUCUAACUACGCCAUUUCAUACGGAAAAGCUAUUUGUUCUAUUUUUUCUGACGAAUAUAAUUCAUUUUCGGAUGAUGGAAAAAGUUGGAUAAGAUCAUCGCAGAAAUGCAUCGAGGAUAGGAUGCGAUCAGUUUUAAUGCCAAACAACACUGAAGAGUGCAGGAAUAUUCGAGAACGUGCAUUCCGGGUGCAUUCUGAUUGUUACUUCCAAAACAACAAUGCUAGGUUCUGUAACAUCCUUGGUACUGACCAACAAAAGAUUUACUGGAGCAUUAAACAGGUUUAUGAACAUGCAUUCAGUGAGAAAUUCGAUGAAGGAAUGGCUAAAUUUCGAUCCUGUCUUCGAAAUGAUGUCUUUGGACACCAAAGAAAGUUCAUGUUUUAUGUUGAGAAAGAUUUAGAUGAAAACAUCGACGAAAACGAAUUUGCCUCAAGUUUAGUAAAAAUGUUUGAUUUUUCCUCACACGGUAUUGACUGGGACGUAGAUAAGGCAGCUUAUUCUAGAAAGAGGAGAGAAGUUAACAAACGUAAAGGGUAUCAGAUCGUAGGAAUAUUUGUUAGUAGAAAACAGGUAGACUUUAUUGAAAGAUCCAGAAGAAGUACAAAUCAACCUUUCCUACAAAAGACCCCGAAUAAUGAAUAUGACGAAAAAUUCUUAGAAUCCUUCAAUAAAUCGAUAACAAAUGGAAUAGCAAAUGAUGCUCUGGAAGUUCUAAAUAUAGAUGUAUCUCGUCGGAAGAAAAGAGCAAUAGGUCUUGUAGCAGUAACAGCACAAGCUGUCAUUUUGUGUAAUUCAUGCUUUGGAUGUAUUCGUUCUGUGCUGCUCAUCCAUACGUACAGACAAGGAGUCCUACCCGACACCCCCAACGACAUAAACCCAAGAUUUUAUCUUCAUUCCAAAAAUAAAAAUGAUAUACAUCUCAAAUUCUCAGAUUUAUCUAGUCUCAAUGAUUUCAAUCAGACCAAAAAAACUUAUAUCAUUGUUCAUGGAUUCUUAAAUGAUAAGGAAAAGCCUUGGAUUUCUGAUAUGCGCCAAAAUAUUUUAUCCAAGGUUGACGCAAACGUGAUAGUGGUGGAUUGGGAAAAAGGUGCGGACCAUCUUUUACAUUACGAACAAGCUGCAGUCAACACUGAGGUGGUAGGAACCAUUCUUGCUCUGCUUGUUAGAAGUUUAGAACAUCACAAGGGGGCUAAGAAAUCACAUAUCCACAUCAUUGGACACAGUCUUGGUGCCCAUGUUGCAGGAUUCGCGGGAAGUGCCCAUAAAGAUACAAGAUAUCAAAGAAUCACAGGUAUGGAUCCUGCAGGACCAUUCUUCGUCACAAAAGGGAAAGACGCGAGACUAGAUAAAACUGAUGCCCAUUUUGUGGACGUUAUUCACACAAAUGGUGGCUAUGGAUUACCAAACCUGGGCUAUUUAGAUCCAAUUGGUCAUUUGGAUUUUUAUCCGAACGGCGGAAAACACCAGCCAGGAUGCUAUUAUAAUCCAAUGUGUAGCCACUCUCGAGCUUACUUAUUCUUCACGGAAUCCAUCCUCUCGGACCAGAAGUUUAAAGCCUGGGAAUGCGAUACUACUCAGCAAUGCAGAAAAGGGAAAGGAAUAGAUAAGAAGAAGCCACUGGACAACCGGAUGGGUUUCUAUGUUAAUGAUUCCAAAAUAUAUGAAAAGUAUUACCUGGAAACAAACAAAAAAUCACCCUACGACAUACCUUGAUGGUUCUUUUUAUUUUUGUCUGUACAUGUAUAUAUAGAUAACUUUUGACUUCCAUCAAACAUAUUUUUGACCUGCCAAUAGUUCUAUAGUUUCCAUUAAAAUACUUUUAAAUAUAGUUUUUUGUAAGGAAAUAUGAGUCUAAAAUGUUAUGAGGUCUAAUCGAUUCUGGCAUUUUAAAACAAACAUUAUUUUACUAAGGCAAAUAAGGGCAGUACAUGUAGUCCUGCAUGUCCCAUCCAGAAAUAGUAAUUUUAGAAACGGUAAUUCUAUAAAGUUUUGGAUUUCU